GUGGUGGGUGGAUAAUACCAAGAAGGAAAUUAGAUUUGAAAGGGAUAGCGGGGGAAUUUCAGAAAAAGAUUCGAAUUGUCCGAGUCCAAAAACAAAAGCUCAAUCUCAUCGGACACAGCGAAAACCACGGCACCAAUCAAACGCCAACAAUCCCCAACCCAAUUCCUACACCCUAAACCUUCCAUCCUUGAAACGCUGUCUUCGAUUUCAAGAUGAUUCAUUUAACGAGAGGCAGAACGUUUCUCUUUCUCUGAGAAGCAGAACAUUCAUAACACUGCUUUUAAAAUCUCUCUUCUGUGUACAGAUCUUUUUGAGGUAAAGAAAUGGGUAGGAAUCUGAGUCCCAUCGUGCGGCGAGAGUUGGCAAAUCUUGACAAAGAUGCUGAUAGUCGUAAAUCAGCAAUGAAAGCUCUCAAAUCCUAUGUUAAAGAUUUGGAUUCCACUGCUAUUCCCCUCUUUCUUGCCCAGGUUUCUGAGACCAAAGAACCCGGUUCUUCCUAUGGGGAAUACACCAUUUCACUCUAUGAGCUUCUUGCUCGUGUCCAUGGCCCCAACAUCAUUCCUCAGAUUGAUAACAUCAUGACCACCAUUAUCAAGACCUUGAGUUUGAGAGCUGCCUCUUUUGCCCUUCAUCAGGCCUGCUCCAAGGUCCUCCCGGCCAUUGCCAGAUAUGGGAUUGACCCAACUACUCCCGAGGACAAGAAGCGGCAUAUAAUCCACUCUCUUUGUAAGCCCCUUUCAGAUUGCCUGUUGGGUUCCCAUGAGAGCUUGUCUUCUGGGGCUGCUCUUUGCUUGAAGGCCCUUGUUGACUCUGAUAACUGGCGGUUUGCCUCUGAUGACAUGGUAAAUGAGGUUUGUCAGAAUGUUGCUGGGGCUUUGGAGGACAGUCCCACACAGACUAAUACACACAUGAGCUUGGUUAUGGCUUUGGCCAAGCACAAUAGUCUCAUUGUUGAAGCCUAUGCAAGGUUGUUAAUACAAUCUGGAUUGCGCAUCUUGAAUGCCGGCAUCGAUGAGGCGAAUUCUCAGAAACGGUUGUCAGCUAUUCAAAUGGUGAAUUUCUUGAUGAAGUGUCUGGAUCCCAGGAGCAUAUUCUCGGAGCUUGGACUUAUAAUUAAGGAGAUGGAAAAUUGUCAAUCUGAUCAGAUGGCAUAUGUGAGGGGGGCUGCAUAUGAAGCUUUGCAAACUGCAAGAAGGGUAGUUUCGGAGAAAGGGUCUAAAUUUGACAAGGAUAUGGGCUUGUUCGCUGGGUCAAAUGUUGUUAGGGGAGAUCAUAUUCAGAGGAAAAACUUAUUGAGUAAUGGAGAUCAAUCUCCUUUUUCUGGGUCACCUGAAUCACAGACCCUUGACUCCUUUGUUGAAUAUGAAUCUUUGAUUGAAUCCCCAAUUUCAACAAGGCAGGUUUCUCGUAACUUGGAUUAUGAUCGUGGUAGCGCGAACCGGAAGCUCUGGAGGUAUGGCAAUGGUGGGGUAGAUGUAUCACUAAAGGAUGGUUUGUUCUCAGAGUUGAGUAAGGGAAAUGGUGUAUCUGCUGCAUUUUCUGAGCACUCCAGGCAUGAAGAUCUAACCAAUAAAAGAGGAGAUUACACGGAUGAAUUUGCUGGGUUUGUGCAAAGAACUCCUAGAAAUAGAGUUCUAAGAAGCACUACUCCCAGUCCUCAGAGGCUGCGCUCACAGAUUAAUGUUGACAAUGUUAAUAUCUACACUACUCCACGGAAGCUUGUUCACUCUCUUCAGGACUCAAACUUCUCAGAGAAACAAAAUAGAAGGCUCAGAAGUCCAUCCCCAAGCAAGUAUGAGUGGAGCCCAAGUGUCAAUUAUGGCCAAAGCGGUUUCUCCCAUGAUAUGAACUAUGAGGUUGGAGAGAAUGGAAACUUAUCUAGUGGUGGUGGUGGUGACCAGUCCCAAGGGGACUCUGAAUCAGUGUCAUCAACAGAAGAUGUUCCUACUGAAGCCAAUGUGCAAGUGUCACAUGAGGUGAUUCCUGGAGAUACAAUCGAUACUCAAGGGGUUGGCAUGGUUGGCAUGGUUGGCAUGGUUGGCAUGAAGAAGGCUGGAGAAAAGAUUUCCUUCAAAUUGGUUUAUGGUCUCAUCUUUUUGCUAUUUGCAACUUUGGUUUCUCUUCUGUGGGUUGAUACUCAGGAUGGAGGCUACAAUCUAGUUCCAACUUAGUUUACCUAUUCUGAUGUAUCAAAAUCUUUGAUCAUAGAAAAUCAGGAUCAUGGUUAGCUGUAGCAAUCUUUGUCAGAAUUUGAGUUUGUCAGUGUAUGAGUCCUUUGUGUUUUCUGUAGACAUGUAUCGCAUCCAAGGGGUGUUUUUGUUUUAAUGUGAUUAGAAAAAGGAGCGGAAUUUGUACUUCUGAGAAACUCCCCUUAUCAAUGGAAAUAUCACUUCUUAUGACAAUGGAAAAACAUGGGUUCCUUUGAA